UCCGUGCCGCCCGCUGUUGUGAUGCGUAUUCCCGUAGACCCGAGCACCAGCAGGCGCUUCACCCCCCCCUCCACGGCCUUCCCCUGCGGUAAGAUGGGCGAGAACAGCGGGGCGCUGGGGGCCCCCGCGCCCGGCGCCCGCGCGCGCCCCGAGGUCCGCUCCGUCGUGGAUGUCCUGGCCGACCACGCCGGCGAGUUGGUGCGCACCGACAGCCCCAACUUCUUGUGCUCCGUGCUGCCCUCGCACUGGAGGUGCAACAAAACGCUGCCCGUGGCCUUCAAGGUCGUAGCCCUCGGAGACGUCCCCGAUGGGACGGUGGUGACAGUAAUGGCCGGGAAUGAUGAGAAUUACUCCGCAGAGCUCCGCAAUGCCUCCGCCGUGAUGAAAAACCAAGUGGCGAGGUUUAACGACCUCCGGUUUGUUGGGAGAAGCGGCAGGGGGAAAAGCUUCACCCUGACCAUCACAGUGUUCACGAACCCCACGCAAGUGGCCACCUACCACCGAGCCAUCAAAGUGACCGUGGACGGGCCGCGGGAGCCACGCAGGCACCGGCAGAAGCUGGAGGAGCAAAGCAAGCCCUUCGCAGACCGCUACGGAGAGCUGGAGCGCCUGCGGCAGUCCAUGAGGGUGACCCCCACGACGCCCACCCCCCGCGGCUCCCUCGGCACCCCCGGCCACUUCGGCUCGCAGGCCCAGACGCCCAUUCAAGGCACGUCGGAUCUGAGCCCCUUCUCCGACCCGCGGCAGUUCGAGCGCUCCUUCCCGGCGCUGCCGGCGCUCACGGAGACGCGCUUCUCCGACCCGCGCAUGCAUUACCCCGGCGCCAUGUCCGCCGCCUUCCCCUACACCGCGACGCCCUCCGCUACGGGCAUCGGCGGCAUCAGCAUGAGCAGCAUGCCGGCCGCCACGCGCUUCCACCACACCUACCUGCCGCCCCCCUACCCCGGCUCCACGCAGAACCAGAGCGGGCCCUUCCAGGCCAACCCCUCUCCCUACCACCUCUACUACGGCACGUCGUCGGGCUCCUACCAGUUCUCCAUGGUGGCCGGCGGCGAGCGCUCGCCCACCCGCAUGCUCUCGUCCUGUACGAGCGCCUCGGCGGGCAACAACUUGAUGAAUCCCAACCUGGGCAACCAGAACGACGGGGUGGAYGCGGACGGGAGCCACAGUAACUCGCCAACCACCAUGACCACCACUGGGAGGAUGGAUGAGUCGGUCUGGAGACCUUACUAGGAGGAACUCAACCAGACCCUGAGAGCUUUAACUUAAUCAAACAGCCACCAUUAGGUUACUCCUUCGGCUAGUGAAUAGAGUGAAAYGAUGCCUAGGGAACAGAUGACCCAAAGUCUUCCCAAACCAAAAGCCAACCAGGAUCCUUUGCAUGCAAGCAUGGGUGAGCAUCAAGUGAAGACGGACCAGGACCUGCGUUACAUUUCAAGAUGAACGCCCUUGAGGCUUGAAUUCGUCGCUUGAUGUGAUUCCUCCCAUGUGGUGUAAAAAUGUGGACUGUA